AUGUCUCUGUUAUUCAGUUAUUCCCUCUCCCUUUUCUUUUUCUUCUUCUUCUUCUUCCUCAACCUCCAUGCUCUGAGGGCCAGUCCCGACACCGGAAUCUUAUCAUCAGAGCAUACAAAUCAUCACUUCACGUUGCAUGGCACACGACGUUACGUCUACUUUACAGGAAAACCUAGGUGGGUGCGUCCCAUGACGCCCAUGACACUCACCUACGCUUUCUCUCCUGACAACAUGAUCAACUCCUUGAGCUUGUCCGAUAUACGACAGGUGUUCAAACGGGCUUUUGCCAGAUGGGCAUCCGUGAUUCCGGUGAGCUUCGCCGAGUCCGAGGACUAUGGCUUCGCGGACAUCAGAAUAGGGUUUUAUAGUGGUGAUCAUGGGGACGGAGAGCCGUUUGAUGGGGUGCUUGGGAUUUUAGCCCACUCGUUUUCACCGGAGAGCGGACGGCUCCACCUCGAUGCAGCGGAGACGUGGGCGGUGGACUUUGGGACGGAGAAGUCCCCGGUGGCCGUGGACUUGGAGUCGGUGGCCACGCAUGAGAUUGGUCAUUUGCUAGGGUUAGGGCAUAGUUUGGUGAAAGAGGCUAUAAUGUACCCGAAUUUAAAGCCUAGGGAUAAAAAGGUUGAUUUGCAGCGUGAUGAUAUUGAAGGAGUGCAAGCUCUGUACGGAUCUAAUCCAAAUUAUACGGUUGGAGAUUUAUCGGAGUCAUACAUUUCGACAAAUUUGGCCGUGGAUUUCAGAACUUCUAGACAAUCAAAAUGGGCCAAUUUCAUCCUGGCUUUGAUCAUAAUCUGUUUGUGCAUAUGUAAUUGA